CAUAAUCUCCUGAAACAACGCUACAGCUGAGUGCAGCAGCGUGAGAGAGUAGCCUGAACCGGCCGGUGUGGUGCUGAGAGAGAGGGACAGAGACACUGAGACACUGGGAGACACAGAGACAGAGAAACAUUGAGUUGUGUUUGAACUCUUCAGCGUUUCAAAAGCGGCUUGCUGCUAAAAAUGAUGAGAAGAUCGAGAAUCAGCGUUAAACCCAACGUCAGGUCUGGAAAUCGGACUGGUACGAUCGGCGAGCAGGUCUGCGAGGCGGAGAGAGGAGGAGGUGACCCCUUGCCAGUCGACGAAGCUGUAGAAGUGGUCAGACCAGCGCCAUUUCAUCAGCAAACUGUAGCAAUUAACAAUCCUUCUGAGAAUUUAGCUAUUGUAGAUGUUCCCGGAACAUCUUCAGGGUUGAACCUAAACGAUGGAGCACCCUCUAGUGGAGUUGCCACUUCAUCUGCUCCAAGUAGAAGAAUGAGGAUAUUAGCGACUCCAAAACUCGGACCGAAACAUACUUCCACACCUCGAACACAAACAAAAUGUCAAGCCAGGAUGCCUAUUUUGGCCCCAGCACCCAUUCCAAAUGAGGAACAUGUUCAGAUUAAAAAUUCAUCUUCUCAGGUUUCUGUCUCAAUAAUCUCUAAUGAACUGCCUGAGUCAGGGUCACCUAGAAGGUCUACAUCUACUACAAAUCUGCCUGCAAAAUGUUUGGAAAUGACCAACACGUCAUCUCUGUGUGCUCCUUCUACCUCUGGUCUUCAAAAGUCUACAGUUCAUGGGAAAAAUUCAAUGGAGGAUUCUCCACCAUCUCCACAGCCUGGUCAAGUUCCUCUAAAACCAUCACAAGAACCGGAACCUCCUGGUUGUCUAUCUUCCUCUGAUCUGUCUUCAACUUGCAUUACACCUUCCCAGUUUGAUAAGACAGGUUCUUCUGAAAAGACUGAGAAAUCAUCAGACAAAGACAGGAUUUUAAGGGCUCUUAAACUGAAGGAACUGAUGAAGAUUGAACGGAGAAAGGAUCUUAAGAUGAAAAAAAGAACGGUUGGUCAUAAAGAGUAUACAGCGUUGGACCGCAGUAAAAUGACCAUGAGGGACCUCAUCUACUUCUUACCCAAUACCAGUCCUAUGAGGUCUUCCGAAGAGCGUGUGGAGAACCAAGCAGAGACCAUUAUUCCACCUUCGCCCAGGCAGCAAAUAAAAACAGCAGAACGGGAUGAUGAAGAUGAAGAGGAGUCAGACAAUGAAGAAAUGCUGGUGCCGAAGGUCAGAGUGGCGGAGGACGGAUCAAUCAUUCUGGAUGAAGAAAGUUUGAGCGUGCGAGUACAAAGGACCUCGAAUACCAAAGUGCUGGAGGGCUCGAUGGCCCUGUUUGAGCGCGGCUCUACUACAACUUACACCAGUUUCAGAACAACAAACCAUGUGAAGAGCUGGUCAGUCAGAGAGACAGACUUGUUCUUCUUGGCCAUUAGCAUGGUGGGGACGGAUUUCACUUUGGUUGGCCAGCUGUUAAGCCAUCGCAGCCGCAUAGCAAUUAAGAACAAAUUUAAGAAGGAGGAGAGACUCAACCCAUGGAGAGUAGACAAAGCUUUGAGAAACAAGCGACCCUAUGACAAGGAGUUCUUCAGCUAUUUGCUAGAGAAGAUUUUGGCAAAAGAUAAAGACAAAAGAAAAUCUGUCAAAUUGAUUCUACCAAAAACCAAGAAACAGAGGAAAUCAAAAGGAAAAACAUCACAUGGAAUUUGUAUUAGUGAUGACAAUGCUGGCGACGAUGACGUCUUCAGUGUGGAUGAUUAUGGAGACUUGGCGGAUGAUGCAGACCUCCUUGUGGAAAAAGAAAAUGAAGAUGUGUCUAAUGUAAAAGAAGAGAAUCCCUCUGUCCCUGCUAAAAAGAGAUGCAAACGAACAAGAGACGUCCACAAGGAUAAAGACAAAAGCAAUUCUGUGGAAAAACAAGUCAAAAGGAAAAGGCAAAGGAAAUGUAGCAAGAACACAAGUGAGGUGCAUUCCAAGGAGGAUACUGAAGGUCUAAGCAGCCUUAGUGUUGAAGGUGACACUAUAAACCUAGAUAAGGAGGAUGAACUUGCAAGAAGCACUUCAGCUUCAAAAGAAGGCGUAAAAGCUCAAAAAGCAGUGAGGAGAAACAAACUGAAAAGCCCACUAAAGAAAAAAAGGCCAAGCAACGCAAGAAAUCGCGCAAAGUAGUCAGUGACCAUGAAGAGUCUGUCGGUGAACAUGAGGAGGGCAGCAUUGUGGAUGAGAAUAGCUCUGCUAUUAAAAAGAAGAGAAAACAAGCCAAAAACAGUGAUUUGAAUGGAGAUGAGGCAGGCAAGGGGAAAAAGAA